AUGAUAAUAAAUGAUGAUUUCAGGUUACGAAGUCCAAAAACAGAGUCCACCCGACAGAGGUUCCGAGGAGUCUUGAAAAUUAUUCUCCAACUUCAAAUUUCUCUCAUGGAUACUCAUCCUGGUCAGAGUUGCGCAACCCUGCCAAUCAAUUUCUUCAAGAUUAUUAUUGAAACUAAUGUUGAAAGGAUAAAACUACCCAACAAGUUUACAAGGAGAUAUGGGGGUGGUUUGUCAAAUCCAGUGUCCCUUAAGUCUCCCGAUAUCAAGGAAUGGGUAGUUCAUUGGACAAAAGAGAAUGGUGAUAUUUGGUUAGAAAAGGGUUGGAAAGAGUUUGUUGAAAACUAUUCCUUAGUUCGGGGGCAUUUGGUAUUGUUCAAGUACGCAGGAACUUCCAAUAUAGAUGUACUCAUACUUGAUCAGAGUGGCCUAGAAUUAGAUUAUUCUUCUUCUGAAUCAGUUAGACAAAGAAACGUGGAAAGAGACCCCAAUGUGCUAAAAUUGCUUGCAGUUGAGGGUAUUUGUUCUGAUCAAAGGGCCAUUGUUUCAAAAACAAUCAAGCAGAAACCAGAAGAUGUGAAUCCUACUCAAAGUGGAACAUGUUUGAAUAUGCCGCCGUUGAAAAGAGCUCAACAAAUAACAACAAAAUUCAAAUCAAGCCAUGUUUAUUUCACUCUUGUGAUAAGGAAGUCCAAGUUUGAGAAAUAUGCUGCGACACAUGUGCCCAGGUUUUUGGAUUGUGUGAACGGGAAGCAGGACGUGAUGCUGAAGAUGGGCGACAAGUUGUGGUGUGUGAACUUAGUCCGUGGUCGUGAUAAGCGAUAUGAUCGAUUCUGUUCUGGUUGGUCUAUUUUUGCACAAGAGAGCAAAUUGGAAUCUGGUGACGUUUGUAUCUUUGAGUUGAUUAAACCCGAAGUUCCACUGCUUCAAGUUCAUGUUUUCAAACGCUAG